CCGGGAGACGCUUUUGCCUUUGCGUCCUGAGCAACCUUUGGGGCCAUGUCUGUCACAACCUAUGACAGCUCUUUCAGCUACAGGCAAGAUCAAGUUGCCCGCUUGGGUGAGCGCGCAAGACCAGAAACUACAGAAGAAGACCGAAGAAGAUUUCAGCAAAGCCCCUUCAUGCAACGCAUGAGGGAGAUUGAUGAAAAAGCCUGGCAACAAUUCAGUGAGCGCGACAAGAAACGUGCCCAGUCGGAUCCAAGCUUUAAACCGAAGGACUCAGAUUUUGAGGCGCCAAAGACUUUCAAAUAUGACAAAACUGUGAACUACUACAAGACUUUAGGAGUGGAUGAAUACGCAACCAAUGACGAAGUCAAAAAGGCGUAUCGGAAGCUGUCGCUGAAUUAUCACCCAGAUAAGCAAACCGGAAAAACACAAGAGGAAAAGGAUGAAGCUGCUACAAUUUUCAUGGAGAUCAAGAAUGCAUACAAGUUGCUUAGUGAUGAUCCAACUCGCCGGCAGUAUGACUUUGAACGCGAUCGAGACGUUGUUAGUGCGCAGUCGCACGGCAAGAAGCCUCAAGACAAAAAUGGUUUCGAUGCAGGUGAGGCUUUGCAGAGAAUGCUGCAAAAGGCCAAAGAGAACAAAAAGCUCCCCAGUGAGAUCAUCACAGUGCCAGUUCACUGCAGAAUCGAAAAGUUUGUCUUCGGUGGUCAGAAAACUCUGAAGCGAACCCGGCUGGUCAAGGACCGCAGCUACGGAGGCUACAAAGAAGAGUUGAAAACCUUCCGAUUAGAUCUCCCAUCUGGUGCAGAGCAACCUUGGGCUGUGGAGUUUCGCCGUCAGGGCGAUCAGCACGAGGGAAGGGAGGCUGACACGAUCCGAUUUCUCUUUUCUUCCAAGCCACAUCUAUUUUUGGAGAGGGAUGGGCAGGAUCUAAAGCUCAGGGAGACUGUGCACUUAGGUCCGUCACUCAGGAAGGAAGCCUUUCUCUCCACCUCAAUUCCUGCAUUUGCUGGCCGGCAGAUUUUCAUUUGGGGUCGGAAUCCAUUCUUCGGCUGCAAUGGGGAAGAAGGCAACAUCCUUUUGCAUUUGCAUGGGCUGGGCGUGGGCAACGGUGCACUGAAUCUGUCCUUGAAGCUGGCUUUGGGGUCCAAGGUUGCCACGCAGCAUCAUAUUGAACCUGCUCCCCCUCCAGGGCGUCGGGAUUUUCUGCAGCGCUUUGGGCUUGGGCCAAAAGGUGGCUUCCAAAUCAGUGCUGCUCGGAGUGGUUUGCCCAGCGGCCAUGGCAGCAUGCUGCACGAGCUGUUGGAGCGGCGCCAGCGCCGCCGGGAGCUGAACGAAAAGUUCAUGGCUGAAAUUGAGCUCAGGCCAGUGGGUGAGUCGAUUCGUCUCUUCACAAAACCACCCAGCAGCUUGACGUUCUUGACUUCGUCCCUGGGUCUUUUCGCAGUGAGCUUGGAUUGCCCAGCUUGUGGGAAGAAGCAGGCUGCAAGUGACUGGGACCGGCUCAAAGCACGACUGAACACCAUUUUGCAGGCAACUGCCUUCCUCCUUUUGCCGCAAGCGCGGCUUGUCAUGCCACCUUCGUUGCUGCCGAGAUCGGUCUAUGACGACAGGAUAGCACUGUCAAGGCCAGAUAGGUCGAUGCCAUGGAAAAUUAUCGGUGAUCAAGCCUUCAAAGAAGGGAGCUAUUGGAUAGCUUGCGCUGCUUAUGCCAAGAGGCUGGAAGAGCUGCGGGUCAGAUUGCCAACAGAUGCAGGCUUGGAAGAUGCGGAGGAAAACAAAGAGGAGGAAGAUGUGGACCUUGGUGAAAGAAGAGGUCCAGAUCUUGUGCCCGAAGCGGCCAAGGUCCUCUCCAACCGUGCAGCUUGUCUUGUGAAAGUUGGAGAUUUUGCAGCUGCAGUGAGCCAUGCACGAAGAGCUUCAAAACUCGCCCCACGAUGGGCACGUGCCUGGAGCCGCCUGGGUCAGGCAGCAUGGAAUCUCGGGGAGUCCUUCCGACAAGAGGCAGCUGAUGCAUACGCCAAGUCUGUCGAAAUGGACCCGUUGAUUUCCGCCGUCCUUGCUUUGCAGGAGGCCGUGAGGCAACUUCAUGGCCCCAACCCGAAUGCUGCUCAUGCAGUCAAGGAGAAGGGCAACGAGGCCAUUAGAGGAGGCGAGCUGGGACUUGCCGUGGCCCUCUACACUCAGGCGAUCGCGCAGUUGCCUCCAUUGGUCACUGCAGACAUUGAAAGGUCAGAUAAGCCAGAUGAGCAUGCACUGUUGAGGGGUGUGUUGUUCACAAAUCGUUCUUCUGCCUUCUGCCGAAUCCGAAAUUGGGAUGCUGCAGUCGCAGAUGGAAAGGAGGCAAUAGCAGCCCAACCAGGCCUGUCGAGUGCGCAUUCUCAGCUGGGAGUAGCACUCCUAGGCAGUGGCUUUCAUCAAGAAGCGUACAUUCAGUUCGCCAAGGGUGUUCACUUGAACUCUGAUCACAAGCCCUCCAUCAAAGGUCGAAACAUCUGCUUGAAAGAGAUGGUGGUUUGGAAAUCUGCUUCAGCCACGGCCCGUUACAAGAAGCGAUUUUGGCUUGACCUCCGCAGAACCCCAGGCACGACAAGGGUUUUUGCACUCUCUGACCUGCACUUCGACCAGAAGUACAACGAAGACUGGGCACAUGGAAUUGAUGACCUUGCCUUUUUGGAUGAUGUCUUGAUUGUUGCUGGAAAUGUUGCAGACACCAAAGUAGGGGUGAUGCGAGCUCUUACAACGCUCAAGUCAAAAUUCCGCGGAGUUUUCUACACGUUUGGGAAUCAUGAGAUGCAAAUCAUGGCCUCGGAGUUUGCCCGCUACCCUGAUUCCCUCACGAAGAUGAACGAAAUCUUCACAGCAUGCGAUGAACUGGGGAUUGAUGUCUUCCCGGCUCCUGUGUGUGAAGGUGUUUUGGUUAUGCCGCUCUUGUCCUGGUGCAGUGCUGAAUUUGAUCAGGAGGACCCCUUCCCAGAUCCCAACGCCAAGUUCAAUUCAAGAUGUACUUGGCCUAUGGAUGCAGAUGUUCAGCUCUGGAAGUACAUGAUGAAGCUAAAUGAGCAGUUCCUAGACAUCCGCGGCUUUGACACUGUCAUCACAUUUUCGCACUUUUUGCCCCGACAGGGACUGCCUUUUGACAAGACCCGUAAGAAUGCAAUCAAAGCAGUUGGCUGUGACAUGAUUGACGAGCAGGCUCGUGCUGUAAAGAGCAAGCUGCAUGUUUAUGGCCACGGGCGCGUCCGAUAUGCUCAAAUGCAUGCAGGAGUUCGAUAUGUGAGUGCCCCCAUCGGUUUUGAGGCAGAUUGGCCCAAAGACCAUGCCCCAAGGCUGAUGAUGGUGCACAAUGGACGAAGUUUGUGCAUGCAGGAGUGGGGGACAGAUGAUGAACCUCCUCUUGGCUACACAAAGCGUUUGUUGCAUGUCGUUGUCUUCAAGAUGCCUGCCCUCAGAGAAGCAGAGAUGCGCAAGUUUCAAAACAUGUUGCAAAAGUUCGUGAACUUUCCGGGAAUCUUGUGUUCUUUUGAUCGUAUUGGCAGCAGAGGCCUCGACAAGGAUUCACUUUCCAAGGAUGCUUGGCCUGACAUCAUGCAAUGCAGUCAGGACAUGAGCCAUGUAUUGACAGUCGUGGCAGACAGCACAGAUGCUCUCAAAGCUGUUUUGACCAGUGAAGCUUACUGCAGAGAGUGGUCGGCGUCACUGGCGCCCCAUGCACGAAAGAUUGUGUCCUUCACCUCGCCAUUGGGCCUGGAUCUGGUCCAUGCGAAGAAACGUGACCCAAUGCUGGUCAUGCAUGGCUUGCAGCUCAAGGAAGUGAAGGAAGAUAGUGAUGAGUAUGGCAAAAUGAUGAAGGCGAUAGAAGCCAUCAGCAAGCUCCCAGGCAUUGACGGCAAAAUUGCUGUUUCAUUACAGCCUUUGGGAUCUGGACGCUACUCACACGAGGAUUUGCUUGAGCAGCUGGAUGUAAAGGAAAGCCGGGCUGCUGGUAUCACUCACUGCUUUGCAGUCCUUGUGGAUGAGCCAGCCAGUUAUAAGAUGCUUGCCCAGAGCAAGACUUAUGGCAAGUGGAAGGCUUCCUACGAGCCGUACCUUGCCGGGAAAGUUUUGGCGUUCUGCAUGCCGGUGGAUAUUGCCGCGACUGCAUCGGCACCAAAAGAUGUCCCAAAGACCAAGCAGACUAACGGUGUUAAAAAGUGAGGUGAUUUUCAGCGGAUAGGGACGAUAGGAUGAAGUCUGAAGCAGGGCUUUAUUUUGGCAUUGCAAAGGCAAAUUGCCACCUCUGGCUUGCCCGACUGGCGCGUCCAGCAUGUUCGGUGCCAGCAUCUUUUUGGCGGAAGUUUCUCAUUGAAAUCCUUCUCACUGCCAAAGUUCGCUCGCGAAAA